GUUUUUACACCUUCUUCUCUAAAUAAGGAAGCCGCCUGUUUGGCCUCCGACAGCCCAACCAAUUUGACCCCUUUGCUUUCACCAGCCAAUGAAACCCCACUCCUGCCUCCGGUCUUGGGUGACAGCAUUCGUCAAACCUCAGCCAGCCCGGGAGGACGGCAGGUUAGUGUUACAGCCAUGGCAGGCUUACCUCUGGCAAGCUGUUGAUGUCAGAGUGAUGAUGCGGGGAGGGACAGACUCUGCACUAUAAAGAUGGGUCAAUCAAAUAUAACUGAGGCUGCCCACGGGAGAGCAGGAUCUACAAAACAUGGUCCCUACCAGUUCGAGUCCUGCCGGCCUGCCUCUGCUUCCAACUCAACUGCGAUCGGGCUUUAGUUUCAUGUCAGCAAUCUCUAUUUGCUUUCCAAAAAUAAGCCUCUGCCACCAUGCUGAAGGGAGAAAACCAAGAAGGGCGGUAUUUUUAGGGCCAUUAAUUCUGACCACGUGCCCAGGAGAUGAACCGGAUGGCCACUGCACAAAGACUUCUCAUCACUAUGUCCUGCGAAGCCAGCAUUCACCGGUCGUUGCCUGCUUUCGUUCUCCUGGGUUUUCUAACUGGGAUUGCUUCAACACAUCCAGUUGUAAGCAGAACUAAUGGCACAUUGCUGGAAAGAGGAUGGCAAUCUCUGUUGUCCAGGUCCAUUGCUGGGAUGUCAGGGGAGAAGUCAGAUGGCAACUGGGAGAGUGACUAUUUGCUAGGAAUCAAGAGGCAGCGGAGGCUUUACUGCAACGUGGGCAUCGGGUUUCACCUUCAAAUCCUCCCAGAUGGAAGGAUAAGCGGAGUUCACAAUGAAAACCAAUACAGUCUCUUUGAAAUAUCCACUGUAGAGAGAGGUGUUGUUAGCCUGUUUGGUGUGAAAAGUGCUCUCUUCAUCGCAAUGAACAACAAAGGGAAGUUGUAUGGAACGGCUGUUUUCCAAGAUGAGUGCAAAUUCAAAGAAACCUUGCUGCCUAAUAACUACAACUCAUAUGAAUCAGAUGCUUACUGUGGUGCCUACAUAGCUCUCAGCAAACAUGGGAGAGUGAAGAGAGGAAACAAGGUUUCUCCUGCUAUGACAGUGACCCACUUUUUACCAAGAAUAUGAACAUGGGCAAAGCUGAAGAUUAAAUCCCAGGAAAAACUGUUUCAUUUUGCACAUGGGAAUAAUCUCCCAGGUAAAGUAUUUAUACUGUUCAUUGAAAAAAAAAAAUAUAUCUAUGUGUAUAUUUGGAUAAAAAUAUUUGUACUAGAUUCAUCACAUCGUAGCAUAUGUAAUACAAUGCUACUUCUCUUCUACUCUGUGCAAAUUUUACAUGGCUGUGUGCCUCCUUUGGUGCUGAACAGAGAAAAAUGCAAGCUGAAUUGCAAAGGAAGUAUUCAGAAGACAAAGUGGCUGUAGGUAAUCAUCUGAUUGAUCAUAGAUUAUCUACUAAAUAAUACUAAUUACCUCAGAAAAUAACCUUUCAUAGUGAGCUGUUUACAUAUCAUGGGCCAAAUCAUCAAAGGACUUUGCUUCAUCAGAGCUUCAAGCAGUUCACUCCAUCUGAAUAUCUGCCUGCACCUCCCCUUCUACACACUGUGUCCUGUCUUCUAAAGUCCUCAAUCUAUUAUAUUGAUCAUUAGGAUGCCAAUUCCACGCCCGUUUCUGCACAAGCAAACUGCCUACUCCCAUAGUCCCUCUGUGAAGGGAUUCUCCAUGGUCUUCUCACAUGGACUUGUUGGCAAAAUGAAGAUCUGCAAUCAAUUUCCCUUAGGAAGGGCCACAGGAUAAAUGACAGAUGGGCCUCAAAUGCAAAAUAUAUUUGAAGCUGGGGAUUUUGAAUGACAUUUUGUGAGCCUAUUUUCGAUUCACCUCAAAUACAAAAGUGUACAUCUUUACUAUAAAUACAUAUGUAUACAUAUAGACAUGGGAUGUGUGUGUACCUGUGUAAUUACAUACUUUUAAUGAACCAAACAUCCCAACCUCUAGAUGCUCAGGUGCCUUUAUAUGCAUACGCACAUAAAAGAACAUAAAUAUUUAAGGGCACUGUAUUCCAUUUAGGCUGAACCUUGUCAAUCUCUGAGAAUUAGAGCUGGUCUGCAGGAUCCAUUUUAUAAAAUGUAUGAAAUUCAUGAAAGCUUCCAGCAGAGGGUUAUUUUAGAAAACUUCUGUGCUUUGAAUUUUCUUGUAUUUACUGCUUUAAGUGUAUUUGAUUCUUCUCUGUCAUAUCUCACUGAAGUAUGAAUAACAGAGGAAGAAGGAGGCUAUAAAAGUAUGUCUUCCUGUGUUGCGGUAAAGGAAUUUGUGCUGUAAUUCCAAUUUCUGUCACUUGCAAAGCAUCCUUUUCAAAGACAACACAGCAAGGUGUAUGAAAUAUUCUCCAAAGCUCUCCUAGAAGCCAUACAAACGGUGCAUGACAUUGCCUUACUACUCUGACAACCUUUUUCCAGAUCACCAACGAAGCUACAUUCUCUGUGCCUUUGAAGGAGUAUUUUAAGAGGUCCUAAGUCAAUAGUCACUAUAAAUGUCAGUUACCAGAAGCCUUGGAAUUCCUGCACUGAUGGCGUGCUCCUAAAUUUGAAACUAGAUUCAAUGCAAUGUCAGAGCAUGAGCAUUUUCAGCAUAGAUGGACCAUGUUGCUGUAGAAGUGAACAUCUGAGUGCAAGAUAAUCUCCCACGUCCAGCCAAAAUGUGGCUAUGUCCAGCCUUGACAUGCCAUUCUAUUUGCAGGAGGUGUCUAUUCAUGAUGAAUUUGAGCCUUCUGACAUGCAUGACAAACACUGUCAAGGCUAGGUCCUCAGCUGGAGUAAACCAACCUAGUAAGACUACAGUUUAUAGUUGCAGAAGAUUAUGCCCAAAGAGCACACCUACAAGAAUGCAUCUACAGCCACGCUUUCUGAAAAGUUAUCAAAACAAUUGUUUUGUGAAGAGGAUACAGUUUUCCAGCUCCUUUUGUGUAAUUUAUACUUGAAUUUGUUUUGCUCAAGUGUAAGUGGUGAUCACAGUGUAAACGAUGAGAAAAGAAGAAUGGAAUACUGUUUACAGUACAUGAACGGGACACUUUGGAUAUGGUGAAGGAAAGGAGUUACUCUUCAUUUUCUGGUCUUGCCGUAAGCAGAGAGAAACCAAGUUGGCACACUUUGUUCAUCCACAAUGUGUGCAGCAGUUUGUUUUGGAAAGAUGUGCAUUUUUAAGAGAAAAGGCAGAAUGGUUUGAGUAGGGAGAAAGAGUGAGAGAAAAGUUUGGAGGAUAUCAGACACCAACCUAGAGUCUCCAGAUGUACAGAUUGGAAGACUACAGCUGUGCUCAAAUACAUUAGUUGGUAACCUGUAUCCUUGUGUUAUAUUCCUAAUUGUCUUUGAAAUUAAGUUUGAAGAAGGACUGAAAAGUACAUGGAUGUAGAAGAAAUCAUAGUUUAAAUGCUGACACACAAGUUUGUUUCUGAUUACAGCUUAAACCAGUGCCCUUAGGAUAGGAUGAAGUCUGUUCCCUCUUAAACCAGUGCAGUCAAGAUUAAUUUAUUGUUGCCAGUACUGACAAAUAAUGGGAUAGCUGGCAUAAAAGGUGAGAAUUAGACUCACUGGUUCCAUUUUGCACACACUGGUCAACAGCAAGAACAAACUGUAGACCAUGUCACAGGAAGUCUGUUUGGACACAGCCUGUUGGGAAGAACUUGUUCUUAAGAAUUGCAGACCCUCACGGAUGCAGUUUUGGUGGGCAUUUGGAAAGCCCCACCAGUCACUCUGCUGAGUUACUCAUAACACCACUUUCCUUUUCCUUAUUGCUUAUCAGUGCCAGCCAGACCAACACUGAAGUCAACACUGAAAUCGAAACAGAUCUUCCAGUGCUAGGAAUCUGACUAAUAUGAGAGUGAAUCAUGUCAUUAUCAGAAGUGACAAUGAAAGAUGCCAUUGCCAGGAGUGAUAGCUGUGUCAGUAAAUCCCUCCAGCACAAAUAGCACAGUAUGGGAGUGUUCUGGAGUUUUAGACUAGUUGGGUACGGUACUUUGACAGAGGUGAAUGCAUAGCUACUUUCAGGAGAGUGUUAAGGCACAUAUGGACACAUUAAUGGGGAUGUGCAAGCAGUCUAGUAGCAGCUCACAGUAGCAGAAUGCACUGUGGCAGUGUUCAAGAAGUGAUGCAACUUGCCAGGGAAAUGGCCUGAUCCUGUUCUGCCUCAAUCUUGAGUAGCUAAAUUCCACUUCCUCCUUCUCAGGCCAUUAUCGCCUGCAUGGGAGUAGAAGGAUUUAGGAAGACUGCCAAAUAUUUUACACACCUCAGGAUAAAUUUGUUGAGCUGGCACAGAAGAAAAAAAAAAACCUAAACAAACUAUUUGUAAGCUGUAUGUACAUGAUACAGGGGCUAUGGAGACAAUAUGGGCAUAGCCUGGCAAACUCUCAAGCAAAGCUUUCUUUGAAAGAAUAGCUCAAUGGAUAUGUAAAAGAAAACUCAUGAAAGUAAAGGAGCUUCUCAAAUCAGAGCCAAAUUAGGAACCUGCUAUUGACAGUUCUUGGGUGGUCCCUUUCAGAGCAUAUAUAAUCUCAGUGUGCAUUAAUGCAGAGUUAUGAUAUGGAAUACAAGCUUUGAAAGCAUUGCUGUUGAAUGCCCCACACCAGCCUAUCUCACCCAUAUUUUGCACAUGGGUUUCUGCGUUGAGUUGAUGAUACCUGUUUUCAAGUUUUCUUCUUCUUAGGCAAAUCCCAUAAUAAUUUAAGACCUAAUCCACCUCCAUUAGAAAACAGUCUUGGCUGGCACUGAAUUAAAUAAUGUAAUUUUCCCAAAACAUGCAGAGAUGCAGACACACACAGUGGGAAAGCAGAGUAAUUUUUGUAUACCUCACUAACUAUUUCAAUUCCAAGAUUUUAUUUUGCACAGUAAAAUGGUGCCAAAGUUCUCACAGUAUUUUUUUCACUAAAUAUACCUCAUAUUCUGAUCAAUAUGGACUCGCAAUUGAGACUGUAAAUUUGCAAGAAACACAAAACUGUCCAAUCGUUUGUGAAAUUACUUCUAUUUUUAUAUGUAUGUGCUGCGCACAAUAGUUCAAUGUGUUCGUAAAAUAAACUUUUAUACAUUGUUGGUAGUGUUUUGACUCCAAAUCCCUCUUAACAUUUGUUUUUCUCCUUGCUUCAGAGUUGCUGUGGUAAAUCCCACACAGAAACACACACAGUUUUUGUUCAUCCCUAGAACUAGAGGAUGUAUUGGUACACUCAGAAUUGUGGUAGACUUUUGUGUUCUUCAGACUCCUUGCCUAGGAAGUCAUAAGGGAGUUGUGCUUGUUGUAGCAAUCUGGGAGUUUCACAGAG